AUGGGGAACUUCUUCCGAUCCUCUAUGGGGAUGGUGUCCUCGUUGUCCGGUAGCGGCGGCGGCGGCAACGAGGGCAUGGGCGGCCGAUUUCUGGAGACGAAUCUCCACGAGUUCACUCUUGCGAUAGAAGAAAGCAAGGCCACUGGGAGCUCCUCGGAUGCCAUCGUGGCCAUCAAGAGGCUCAACGAGGCCGAGAUUAUAUAUCUCGGAGGGCUGGAGCACUCGAAGGUUGUGAGCCUACUCAGCCACUACGGGGAUGAUACGGUGCUCCUCCACGUCUACGAAUAUAUGGAGAAGGGAAGCCUGGAAAACCACCUUUUCAAAAGGGGUUCGGUGACAUUGUCGUGGAACACGAGGCUGACCAUUGCCAUCGCCGCGGCAAGAGGGCUUGCCUUCCUUCAUGUGAGAGAUGUCAUUUACCGUUAUCUGAAAUCAUGA